UCAAAAAAUUGUCUCCACAUUCGUCACACUUUUGUUGAUAUGUUUUUAUGUGUGGACAUUUUAGCUCUCAGGAAGAGGGAAAUUGGGGGAUAGAGCCUACCAUCAACCCUCAUCAACAGUACUCGCAGUUCAGGCCCAAGAAUGACGACUUAGGUUGAUGAGUAAAUUAUGUGACGUGGAAUUAGUGACGUACUCUGUUGAGUGCAUCAGCGCUGUUAGGAAUUGCCCAAGAAAUAAUUAUAACAAGCAAUGUCUUCAGAAACGAGUAGGCAAAGUUUCCCUCUGCAGCCAUCCUGAUCAUUCCCACCUUGUCAUAGCUACAUCCAAAAUCCAAGCUGUCUGGCUUACCCCCAUCUGGCCCCCAUCCUCCAUACACAAGAUACUCUCAUCUCUGAUCCUCUUCAAGUCGCUAAUUAACUGGGUGACUAUUUCAGCCAUGUCAGUACUGACUUGCACCUUUCUCCACACAUCUCUUUCAUGAAGGCCACCAGAGAAUGCACUCCCAUCACAUUCUUCUCCCUGUCCUCUGACUGGUGUGCUGUUAGGAGAGGACCAAAUAACUGCAGCAAAUCAAACAGCUUUAGUGAGAAGAUAUUUUAAUAGUAAAGGCCAUAGGGACUUUGCCUUGGAACAGAUGCAAGAACAGAAGAGUGCUCUGGGUAACCACUGAGAUCUGAUUGCUAAAUUUAGGUUCUAAACAUUAUUAUGCCACCAGUUAAAACGCAAAACAAAUCAAAGAAAAAGUCAACUUUGCCAGCAAAAGUUGGCAAACACAAGAAACUUACGAAGAAGGAGCUGACCACACCCAAGAGCCAGAAGGUGAAAAGAGACUAUAAUGAAAAGAAAAAGAAGAAAUCGGAGUCAGAAGUCAAAAAGCAAAAGAAAAAAAAGAUAAAAUUUCCAUUCAAACCUGUGAAGGCAGCAAAAGAAAGAAAGAAAGUUGUGGAAAAGAAGAACUCAAAGUCUCUGGCUAAAAAGCAAAAGAUGAAGUCUCCAGACCUGAAGGGCAAGAUAACCAUUAGUAAAAGGAAAAGACAGAACUCAGAAUCAGAAGUCCAAGUUAAGAUGAAAAAGAAAAGAAAAAUCAAUUCUCCAUUUAACUCUUCACAAAUUACAAAGCCUAAACAGCCAGUAAAGAUGAAGAGGAAGAUGCCUCUAACAGAAACCAAAGAUUUAUAUUAUAUGGAAAUGGAUGAAAUGGGGACUACAAAGCAAAGAUAUGUGACAUGUUUCUCUUGUCAUGUGCUGGUUCCUGAAAAAGAUUUCCAUUCCCAUUUGUUCUUUGGAAGAAUGAAAUGUAGAUUUUGUUUAAAUCCAGUACAAAAAUGCACUGAUUUUGCCAACCAAAUACUGAAGCCCAACGGCUACUGCUCGAAAAGUCCAACUAAUGUACAUGGUAUAUUGCAGUGGGAUUCUUGCCUACAAUAUGUGUUGCUUACCAUGAAAAAUGAAAUAACCAUCAGAAAUGUCUGUAAUGACAUAAAGGUGGAGCCAAAUGAAUUUGAGAUCUGUUGUGAAAUCUCAAAAUACAUGAAAAGCUUGGAAUCUUUAGAACAAGUAGAUCCUUGGAAAUCAGCCUUUCAAGAGCUAAAAGCAUAUUGUGAAAAAGUUUUGAGCCAAUUAAAGCCCCCAAAUUGUUGUAUUCUGAAACUUUUCAAAGGAAAUGAGAGAAAAGGUGAUGACAAAUUCAUUGCUUUAAGUAACCUGUGUGGUGAAAAAAAAACUAUAAUUAAAACUAAAAACCCUGAUAGUAAUAUCAGUUUAGAGGCAAGUGGAGAUUUAGUAGCUCCUGAAAAGAAAGUUUUUUCACAACAGAGCCAGGGGAUAGAGUGUGCCACAGUGAGUGAGUUGCAGUCAUCCUAUGUGUGUGCUAAUAUCACUGGAACUUCUGAUAUCAACAAAACAGAAUCAAAUGAAAUUAAGAGUAUUAAGCAGGAGGAAGAUCUUAUUAAAAGAAGGAACCACCAUCAAAAAUUUAAAAAACGAGAUCUGAAAAAAAUUGUAAAGUUACCCAAGGAUGGUCGUUAUUUACUAGUUCAUUAUCCCAACGAACAGUGUCCAGAAGAAUGUCCAGAAUGUUAUUCUGGCUUUUAUCCUUCAAAUGUGACUUUGUAUUGUACCACACCUAUUACAAAGGUUGUGUGUGAAGUGUGUGGCCUUGUUAUAUUCAUAGUACCUGGUUUUUAUGAUGCUAGAAACUAAUAUUACUCUAUAACUUUAUAUUAAAGUUAAAUUAUUUUAAAGAAUUUCAUAUAUCUUGACAGAACUAAAGGCCCUGAUAAAAAUAGCAGUUUAGAGGCGAGUGAAGAUUUAGUAGGUCCUUCAGAACCAAGGACAGAGCUGCGCUCAUCCUAUAUGUCUGCUAAUUUCACUAGAACUGAUAAUCAAAUUUGAGAAUAUUAAGCAGGAGGAAAAUUGGAUUAAGAUGAAAAAGUAGCAGUUGAAAUAUAAAAAACAAGAUCUGAAGAAAUUGUAAGUUUACCCAUACAACUUAAUCAUCUCAAUGCACAGUUUCUAGAAGAAUAUCCAGAAUGUUACUCUGGCUUUUAUCCUUCGAAUAUGACUUCGUAUUGCACCACAGGUAUUACAAAAGUUGUGUGUGAAGUGUGGUGGUCUUCUUAUAUUCAUAGUACCUGAUAGAUACUAGGCUAUGAUAUUACUAACUUAAAUGUAAAGUUUUUAUAUUUAUAGAAUAUAUCUUGAGAAAUGUA